AUACCCAGUCUUCUUAGUGUAAACAACGCAGCUGAUGUCUAUGCUGUCAGGUUCUGAACAGCAGCAGCUGAGUGCUUCAGUUAUGGGGAGUAUAAAAGAACCAGUGGUUGUCACAGCGCAGUGUUCACUGAUUCCACCGCGGAGUGACCACAUCUCCUUCCUGGAGGGACACAACCUGUACGUCUGGGGAGGCUGCCAGUGUGAGGAUGGACAAGAAACAUUUUUACCCAGUGAUGAGAUCUGGCUUUAUGACAUGGAGAGUGGAGUUUGGUCUCUGAGACUUAUGGGUGGAGAGGUUCCUCCUGUUCUUUCACAGGCUUGUGGUGCAUAUCUUCAGGGCAUGCUUUACAUUUUUGGGGGAUGUGACAUCAAUGGCCACACCAACACGAUGUAUUGUGUUGACCUGUUGGGUGUGGAAUAUAGCUGGAGAAAAGUGACAGACACAGUGGGGGAAACACCCUCUCCUAGGGUCAGACAUUCUUGCUGGGUCUACGAAAACAGGCUCAUCUACUUUGGUGGAUAUGGCUGCAAAACAGUCAGAGAGGUCAACAACUCCAAGAGCUUUAUGGUUGACGAGACUAGCUGGGCAACAAUCGGGUCAGAUUUUUUCCAGUUAUGGGGUUGGAAUAAUGAGGUUCAUAUGUUUGAACCUGUGACAGCCACAUGGACUGAACCACAAACCCAGGGCCAGCCUCCAGAGCCCCGGUCCUCACAUGCCAGUACUAAUUUAGGUCAUAAGGGCUAUAUAUGUGGAGGCCUGGAAAUGCAGAUGAUAGACAUUCAUUGUUUAGAUCUGGUAACAUGGACGUGGACACAAAUUGAACAUCAGACUGCUUCUCUUCCACGGGGCCGCACUCUUCACACACUUACUGCCAUCUCAGAUGACACACUCUUCCUGUUUGGAGGCCUCAGUACUUCUGGGGAGGUGCUCAGUGAUGGGUGGGAAUUUGACACUAAGACAAGAGAAUGGAGAGAAAUAGACCAUGCACAUGAAGACAAGCCCAGGCUGUGGCAUUCUGCUGCUAAGGGGAGAGACGGUGAUGUAGUCAUAUUUGGAGGAAGCCAGACCUACCUCUUUGUAAUGGAUUCGGUUGCCAUUCUCAGGUCUCCCUCUCAGAAUCACUGUGCAGAUGUGCUAUUGUUUCAGACUCAACCAUACUCCCUGUCCAGAUUAUGUGAAGACUGCAUAGGAAAACACAUAUUUUCUGUCCAAGAGCAGGUGUUGUGGUUACCGGCUAAGCUUCAGAAGACAAUUAGCAAGAGGAUAUCCUAUUUCAGGGGUAAUGCUCAAAAUAUAGAUGCAGGUUCAUAGGUUCAUAAUGAUGGUUCUUGAUUAUUUUAAGAAA